AACAGACACGUGACUUUUUGCCCCGUCGAGUAGUAAUGGCGGAAAAACAACAACAACACCACGUGGAGACAGAACUUGGAUUUGCAGAAGAAUGUUCCAACAAAGCGUUACUUAGUCCAUUCUUAUUCCCCAGUAAAUUAGGUGGAAAACCUGUUUGGUUACGAUGGGAUACUUUCCCAUCGCAAGAAAUGUUGAUGUGUGGCGUUUGUUCUAACCAGAUGAGAUUUUUAUGUCAGCUGUAUGUUCCACACACACUAAAAGGUAUACAGUAUCAUAAAACCAUUUACUUGUUUUGUUGCGGAAAUGGACCCUGUUCUAAAAACAAGAUGUUUGUCAAAGCACUUCGAUCACAGAAAGAAGACAGUGACAAUGAUAUAUCAAACUUUGAAAAAUUAUCUGAUUCUGAACUUAUUGAGAAAGCUAAAUUAUUGACAUCCAAGCUGCCCUUAUGUAAUUUAUGUGGCUGUUAUGCAGACAAAAAAUGUUCAUUGUGUCAAGUGCUGUAUUGUUGUAAAGAUCACCAAAUAUUUGAUUGGAAAAACGGUCACAAAUUGAACUGUUCUGGAAAUGCUAAAUUGAUGAAUGGAAAAAAGAGUGUAUGCAAAACUGAUCAAAAGUCUCUACUGUUUGAUGAGUAUGAAAUUGUUACUGAGCCAGAACCUAAUGAAGAAAAGUCGAAAGAUGAUAAAGCUGAGAAAUAUAAGACUUACCUAGAAAAGAAACGUGGGCCACAAAAUGUUGAUGCAAAAUUAGAUGCUGAUCUGCAAAAAAUAGAUGAAAACAGUGAUGAAAUGUUUCUGAAAUUUAAAGAACGCAUUGAUAGAGAACCUGAACAAAUUAUUAGAUACAGUCUUGGUGGCCAACCACUAUGGGUGUCUGCACAUAAUAUCCCAAAAAGCGAAGAUAUUCCAUCCUGCUCAUGUGGAGCCAAAAGGCGUUUUGAAUUCCAGGUGUUGCCGCAAAUGAUCAACUACCUUGGUCUUCAAACCACAGUGGAAAGCUUAGAUUGGGGAACGUUGUGUGUUUAUACGUGCACCGAAAAUUGUUCUGAGGGACAUCCGUAUAAAGAAGAAUUUAUUUGGAAGCAAGACUUUAUUGACUAGUAGUACUAAGAGGUUUUGUAUAACCAGCUAAAUUGUAUUUUUAAAUACGUAGUUUGUUGUUAAAAUUUACAACCAACAAUAUGACAAAACAGAUAAAGGUGUUCUAAAGUUCGAUCAAUUACGAGGCUGGUUCUUUGUACCAGUCUUGUUCAUGUAGAGUGCAACGAAAAAUACGUCAUGGAACACCCGCGUGUAUUUUUACUAAUUAUCAUCCAGAAAAUAUAUUCAAUUUGGUUUUGCAAUUAAUUUGCGUAUUCGAUUAAUUUUAUUU